AUGUCCGAAUUGUUCGCCGGCGUACAGUUGUUCAAUCAGGAGGGCGAGACUGUCGAUGGUGCCGAGUAUCUGAAGGGCAAGGUCGUCGGGCUCUACUUCUCGGCCAGCUGGUGCCCACCGUGCCGUCAAUUCACCCCGAAACUCAAGCGCUUCUACGAGGAAAUCAAAAAGAAGCAUCCGGAAUUCGAGGUCGUCUUCGUUUCUCGCGAUCGUGAGGACGAGGACCUUCGCGAGUACUUCAAUGAGCAUAUGGGUGCGUGGGCAGCGAUUCCGUUCGGAAAUGAGAAGAUUCAAGAACUUCUCGCCAAGUACGAAGUGAAGACGAUUCCGGCGAUGCGCAUCGUCAAGCCAAACGGUGACGUCGUCGUUCAAGACGCACGUACCGAGAUUCAGGAGAAGGGAAAAGAGGAUCCGGAGGCGUUGUGGGAGGAGUGGCUCGCGUUUUAUGAUUGA